AUCUCACCUUCUGAUUUUUAUACCGAGGACGGUUCAAGUAUUUAAAUCAUUUUUUGUCACUUGUUCUCUACAUUUCCAUAUUAAUCUACACUCUUUGUCCUGCACUUUAGUUUAGACACUCUUUGCCUCUCACUUUAAUUUUUUCCUGCCCUGCCCUACACUCUUUUGCCUCUUUCACUGAUCACCAUGAAAAGAUUUCAUAGUGAUAGUAAAUUCUUUACUUUUUCGAUCUUGAUUUUCCUUGUUGUACUCCCGACUCUAGUCGUUGCUGAGUGCACGUGCGAUCGAGAAGAUGAGGAGCGUGACAAAUCAAAAGCUUUAAGGUACAAAAUAGCGGCUUUGGUAUCAAUACUAGUUGCUGGCGCGAUCGGCGUGUGCAUUCCACUUCUUGGCAAAGUUAUAUCCGCUUUGAGCCCUGAGAAGGAUACCUUCUUCAUCAUUAAGGCCUUUGCGGCAGGAGUGAUAUUAUCAACCGGUUUUAUUCAUGUCCUACCGGACGCUUUCGAGAACCUCACGUCGCCUUGUUUAAAGGAGCAUCCAUGGGGUGAGUUUCCUUUCACUGGCUUUGUGGCUAUGUGCACUGCCAUGGGUACUCUUAUGGUUGACACUUAUGCCACGGCUUAUUUUAAAAAACAUCAUCAUUCACAAGAUGAGGCCACAGAUGUAGAAAAGGAAUCAGGGCAUGAAGGACAUGUGCAUCUUCACACACAUGCAACACAUGGUCAUGCACAUGGGCAUGUUCCAACUGAUGAUGAUCAAUCAUCGGAACUUCUUCGUCAUAGGGUCAUAUCACAGGUGUUGGAGGUAGGAAUUAUUGUUCAUUCUAUCAUCAUUGGAAUUUCUUUGGGAGCUUCAGAGAGUCCUAAAACAAUAAGACCACUGAUGGCUGCAUUGAUUUUUCAUCAAUUUUUUGAAGGCAUGGGACUUGGAAGUUGUAUAACUCAGGCAAAUUUCAAGAAGUUAUCUAUUACAUUAAUGGGGUUAUUCUUUGCUUUAACAACUCCAAUGGGAAUUGGAAUUGGCAUAGGGAUCACUAAAGUUUACGAUGAAAACAGUCCAACUGCCCUUAUUGUGGAAGGAAUCUUCAAUGCAGCAUCAGCUGGGAUAUUGAUUUACAUGGCACUUGUAGAUCUUCUUGCUGCAGAUUUUAUGAAUCCAAGAAUGCAAAAAAGUGGCAGCCUCCGAUUAGGAGCCAAUCUCUCUCUUCUACUUGGAGCUGGUUGUAUGUCUCUUCUGGCUAAAUGGGCUUAAGAUAGAAUGAGAGUUUUUAGUGGAGGAGAGUACGGUGAACUUUUUUGGCCCAACCCAAAAAACUUUUGUUUUUAAUACAUGCAUUGGCUUUUUAAUAGAUAAUCAAACACAGCCUAAGCUGUUCAUAUAUUUUUUACUUUUCUCCACUUCCAAAUUUUUCUGCUUUCAGUUUGGUGUUGUUUCCUACUGUGUAAUUAAUGUACAUCAUAACUGUUUUGAUGAUGGUGUUACAUAAUGGAAGAUUAUUUUCCAUAUAGGUUUAGAGGCA